AUGGGGUGCUAUGCUUCCGUGGAGGUUUCAGGAAUACUCCCAGGCCCGCCCAGCGCUGCGGCCUCGCGAUCCAAGGCUUCCUCGCCUCAGGAGCCCGAAGCCAGCCACAAAGAGCUGGAAGAGGCCCAGUCUCAGGUCGUUCCGCCCAGGCUGCCUGGCGAAGUGCCGGUGCCGCUGCCCGGCUGGCGCGUGGCCUGCAGGCUCUCACCUGAAGAUGCACGUUCUCGCUGGGGGAGCCGGCCACGUCCAGGAGGUGGCCAGCCCACUGGCUUUGCUCAGCUUCAGGUCAGCGUGGAGCCGGAAGGACCCUUGGAGUUCCCCGUGCAGCUGGUGCCGAGUUGGGUCGAGCCUGCUGUGGCCUCGCUUUUUGCCGGUCGCUACGAGGUACAGCGGGUGCUGCCCCGACGGCCCUGGGCCCAUCAGCUCUUCGAGGUCUUCGACCGCGAGGAUUGCGUCUCCAGGGCCCUGGAGGUCUUCGAGCUAUCUGGCACAGAAGAGGCGCAGAGGCUUACCCGUCGUCUACAGAUCGAAUUUCUGGACGAGGAGGGCGGAUUGUUUCUGAGGUCUCGGCACGCCUUCCUCGGGCUGCCCAGCCGUGUGGGUGUCGUGGAGGAUCUCCACAAGGCUUCUCUCUGGGAGGAGCUCGGCAGGUGCGACUCCUCGUCGGGACGCGCCUGCCUUGUGCUAUUGGAAGCCGCGGCCGCUGCUUUGCGCGGCCUUCAGAGGCUGCACUCCCACAACUGGGUUAUGUGCAAAGUUUCACCCGAAAGCUUGUGUUUGGCGCUGGAUGGCCGGUGGAAACUGACGGGUGUCCAUGCCGCAAAGAAGGUCUCCGAACUGGAACCUUCCUGCUGGGGAGCCACGCUGCUGCCCGAGGUACUGCUGGAGCUCCCCCUGACCGAGAAGAGCGACCUGUGGCUAUUGGGCGCCUGCCUUUGCGAGGCUUUGCUCCAGGAGCGGAUCGAGCCCGGACCAGGUGGGCGGGUCGAGCGGCUCUGUGGCCUCGUGGAGUUCCUGGGGUCCUUGCCGGCCGACUUGGUUCUUCACCAUCCCAAGCGCGAGGAGAUUUUUACGCCGGAGGGCCAUCUUCUGAGAAGGGCCGGCCCCGAGCGGCUGGAGGCUAUCGAGCCACUGGGUGGCCUCACAUUGCUCAAGGGCGAUUCGGCCCCGCGGCCCAAGGCCGUGCUGAAGGCGUUGAAGCACGUGCCGGAGAAAGCUCAGCUGCUGGACCUGCUAGGUGCGCUGCUGCAUGCAGACCCUGUGAAGCGACCGAGUGCUGCCGCGCUGGCACGGGCAAGGCCGACCCCAGACGAAUGGAGGAGUGAUUGUGAAGACACGGCCGCUGGUCCUGCCUCCUUGGAAGAUGAAAGCACGCAGGCGACACCGCAGAAAGUGCCGCAGCCAGAGGAGCUGUACGACAAGAGUAAGCCGCAGAGAUGUCACGCCUACAUCGCCAAUGUCGCCGGCCUGAAGCCUCAGAUUGCUGGCGGGGCUUGCAAGAGUUUCGUGUUGACAGAAGAGCUGCCCUUGACGGACGAGGAGAACGAGGAGGAUGUGAAGGCGGAAGGUGCCGCGAAAACGAAAAGGAACGUUGUCUUCAGCGCGGUGCCCGAGUCACAGGGAAGUGCUCCGUCCAAGGCAACCCGCAAAGGCACGGGCUUCGUAUUGGCAGCCGACUUGCCGCUGACGGACGAGGAGGACGAGCUAGACGAGGCAGAAGGCAGCGGAGCAGUUCCUUCAGCCCCCAAGAAGAACGUGGGUUUCAGCGCGGUGCCGGAGCCACGGAGCACUGCUCCGUCGAAAGCAGCCCGCAAAGGCACGGGCUUCGUGCUGACAGCGGACCUGCCCUUGACGGACGAGGAAGAUGAGGAGGAGGAGCAGGCAGCGGCUCCGUCGAAGCCUGCGAAGAAGAACGUGGACUUCAGCGCGGUGCCCGAGUCACAGGGAAGUGCUCCGUCCAAGGCAACCCGCAAAGGCACGGGCUUCGUAUUGGCAGCCGACUUGCCGCUGACGGACGAGGAGGGCGAGCUAGACGAGGCAGAAGGCAGCGGAGCAGUUCCUUCAGCCCCCAAGAAGAACGUGGGUUUCAGCGCGGUGCCGGAGCCACGGAGCACUGCUCCGUCGAAAGCAGCCCGCAAAGGCACGGGCUUCGUGCUGACAGCGGACCUGCCCUUGACGGACGAGGAAGAUGAGGAGGAGGAGCAGGCAGCGGUUCCGUCGAAGCCUGCGAAGAAGAACGUGGACUUCAGCGCGGUGCCCGAGUCACAGGGAAGUGCUCCGUCCAAGGCCACCCGCAAAGGCACGGGCUUCGUAUUGGCAGCCGACUUGCCGCUGACGGACGAGGAGGACGAGCUAGACGAGGCAGAAGGCAGCGGAGCAGUUCCUUCAGCCCCCAAGAAGAACGUGGGUUUCAGCGCGGUGCCGGAGCCACGGAGCACUGCUCCGUCGAAAGCAGCCCGCAAAGGCACGGGCUUCGUGCUGACAGCGGACCUGCCCUUGACGGACGAGGAAGAUGAGGAGGAGGAGCAGGCAGCGGUUCCGUCGAAGCCUGCGAAGAAGAACGUGGAUUUCAGCGCGGUGCCCGAGUCACAGGGAAGUGCCCCGUCCAAGGCAACCCGCAAAGGCACGGGCUUCGUAUUGGCAGCCGACUUGCCGCUGACGGACGAGGAGGACGAGCUAGACGAGGCAGAAGGCAGCGGAGCAGUUCCUUCAGCCCCCAAGAAGAACGUGGGUUUCAGCGCGGUGCCGGAGCCACGGAGCACUGCUCCGUCGAAAGCAGCCCGCAAAGGCACGGGCUUCGUGCUGACAGCGGACCUGCCCUUGACGGACGAGGAAGAUGAGGAGGAUGAGAAGGUGGAGCUUGUCUCGAAGCCUGUCCAAAGAAAUGUGGACUUCAGUGCGGUGCCGGAGCCACGAAAUGCGCCUCCGCCCAAGGCGGCACGCAAAGGCACAGGCUUCGUGUUGGCAGCCGACUUGCCCAUGUCAGACGACGAGGACGAGGACGAGGUGCCUUCCAGUUCGCACUCCCAGCCAUCAUCCCGACGCAUCGUUGGCUUCGCCGAGGACAUCCGAGCCCAAGGACCGUCACCACUGGAUGGCGGCAGCAAGGCGGCACGGAAAGGCACUGGCUUCGUUAGUCCAGCGGACCUGCCUAUGUCAGACGACGAGGACGAGCAGGAAGACCAGGAGGCAUCUGUCAUCUUCGGAGGUGGCGAGGCUCGCCGCCCAGACCGCCCGGACCGCCCGGCCAGCUCGCCUGGUCGCCGCGGUGCUCCGCAGGAGCGGGAGCGGUCCUCGGCACAAGGUCUGCGUCCCAUGCUGCCGGCGUGCAAGACGACCUGA